UCACAAUAAAGAUAAUGGAGCAGUGACUACAAUGUUAGUCGUAGUAGUUCAUGUCAUAGCAGGGCAUGGCAGGGCGUUACAAGAUGUACAGCAGAGCGUGGGUGGACGCGGUAGAAGCGGCGCGACGCAGCAGGAUGCUGCAGGACGCAGCCGGACACAGCAGGGCGUAGCAGGGUGUAGCAGGACCACAGCGACAGCUGCACCCAGGACCCAGUUCUUGGUGCCACGGAAUAUUCUGGGCGAAAAAGAAACAAAUGGACUCCAGGGAGUAAACUCCCCAGAGCUAGCCCUGUGUGUUGGUGUGAUGGCUGUGUCCCCGGUGCUUCCUCUGUCCCUGCUUCUCCUGUCCCUCCACACUCCCAGCACAGCGUCUCCGUCCUGCCCUGUGAGCUGUCGCUGCUACAGCCUCACUGUGGAAUGCGGUUCGACCGGCCUUAGGGACAUCCCUAAACACGUCCCUCCGUCCACACAGGUACGCCCAUUACACGUCCACACAGGUACGUCCAUUACACGUUCCUACUCACACAGGUACGUCCAUUACACGUCCCUCCGUCCACACAGGUACGCCCAUUACACAUCCCUCCGUCCACACAGGUACAUCCAUUACACGUCCACACAGGUACGCCCAUUACACGUCCCUCCGUCCACACAGACCGUCUUCCUCCAGGACAAUGUGAUUGGUCAGAUCCGUCGACAUGACUUCACUCUGCUGAGGCACCUGCACUACCUGUACCUGCAGAACAACAGCAUCUCAGCAGUGGAGCCGGGCUCCUUCCAGAACCAGGGCCAGCUGUUGGAGCUGGCUCUGAAUGGGAACCGGGUCCACCUGGUGACAGCUGACAUGUUCCAGGGACUCGAACAUCUCCGCAUUCUUUACCUGGCAGGAAAUGACAUCACACGUCUGCUGGACUACACUUUCCGUGGCUUACAGCGCCUGCAGGAGCUCCAUUUGCAGCACAACAGUAUAGAGAUGUUAGCAGACCAGGCUCUCGUUGGUUUGACUUCUCUGGCCCUGCUGGACCUGAGCAGGAAUAAUCUUCACACCAUUGGCCCUGCGUCCCUGCGCCCUCUGGUCAGCCUGCAGGUGCUGCGCAUCACAGACAACCCGUGGCGCUGUGACUGUGCUCUGCACUGGCUGCGGAGCUGGAUCGAUGAGGAGGGCCAGCGCCUGCUCAGCUCUGCAGAGCGUCGCCUGGUCUGCACCGAGCCACCGCGCCUCUCCCACCUCAGCCUGGUGGAGGUCCCCCUCAAUAGCCUGGUGUGUAUCCCUCCACUGGUGCAGCUGGAGCCCAGGAGGCUCGCUGUGCGCCUGGGAGAGAGCCUCAGGGUGUCCUGCCAUGCCUCGGGCUACCCUCGGCCACAGGUGACGUGGAGAAAGGCGUCCCAGGGGAAGGUGGUGCUCUCUCCCAGAGGCCUGGUGCAGGAGCUGGGUGCUGGAGGAGGGGCAGUGGGGGGUGCAGAGGAGCCGUCCGAGGAAGGCCGGGUCAGUCUGCAGAAGACUGCCGGCGAGCGCUUCGACCCCGACACCGGCAGCGGCAUGCUGUUCCUCAGCAACGUGACUGUGGCUCACGCAGGUUUCUACGAAUGUGAAGCCUGGAAUGCGGGCGGUGUGGCCAGAGUGACCUUUCAGCUCGCCAUCAACUCUUCCACUUCCUCUUCCUCCUCUUCCUCCUCCAUCUGGGCCUCGUGGUCCCAGGUGUCGUCCCCGUACUCGCCGGCCUGGCCCCGGCUAAGAAACCACGGCCCUGCUGUGGGCUCCGAGGUGAGCCGCGAGCCGCUCUACGCUCUGGGCAGCAUGGCCUUCAGCGCUCUGGGAGCAGCCACACAGACGGCCAUCGCUGUGGGCAUCUCGCUGCUCGCCCUGACCGCUCUGCUGCUGCUCGCCAUGAUCUACAGCCGCCAGCAGCAGCCAGACAAGGACGCUGAUGGAGCCGAGAAGGUGAACUGUAACCUGCAGGAGGAGAGCAUCCUGUACGUGAAUGACUACUCGGACGGCCCCACCACCUUCGCCCAGCUGGAGGAGUACCGGGACGAGCGCGGCCAUGAGAUGUACGUCCUCAACAGGGCCAAGCCUGUGCUGCCUCCUGCCCCCCCCACGGCUGUCUCCACCACUAACCUGGGCUGCUCAGCUCCGUCUGACACCUCCAGCCACACCCUGUCCUCUGGGCUGGGCCAGACCACCAGCCCCACUCUGGCCCCCAACAAAAAGCAGCAGCAGCAGGAGGGCGACAUACGGACCAUGAGGAGAAUGGCGGGGGAGGGAGGGGAAGCUGAGCCUGUGAUUACUUCAGAGGCAGAAGGGAUGUUUCUUAAUCACACAGGUCUGUUCAUGGACUCUCAGAUCGCAUACGAGAUCCACUGCUGAAGCGGAGAGAAUCCACUGCAACACAGAGGCUCUGUGUGUGAAUCCUUUCUAUUACUCCCCCACAGUGACGGACUCUUAUUGGAGAAGGGUUACAUACCUGGCACAGCUCACAAUCGGGUUUGCUACAUCAACGGCACUUUAGACUUUGGAAUGAACAUAAUUUGACCUUUGCACGCUAAAACAGCAGUGGUCAGUAGGCUGGUGGGUAGACUGCUAUUCAAAUGCCCUACAGUCAAAGACCCAUUUAACUGGGCUCAGGUAGAAGCUGAGCUGCACACAACAGAACUGUCCUGUACAUGAACAUCUGGCUCAGCAUUUAUCAGAGCUACUUUCACACCAGAAACCUUUUCAGCAUCAUUGCUGUGCAAGAGUUAACAUCUGUCCUCUCAAGAACUCUGAAGGCUCCAGUUUGCAGGGUGAGCAUAACGCAAGGGGGACAUCAUGGAACCUUCCAUUUCAUGAGCAUGUAGGAACCAAAGUGUGUUUUUACAACUGUUGUUGUUAAUGUCUGGACAUGCUGUUGAGCAUCUGAAGGCAGUACAGUGGGGUGUGUGACAGCAACAGCUGAAUUUUGUAAUUACUUAUUUAAAUGUUUUAGGUAAUGGGUUAAAUCACCACAGAGAACUUUCUGAAAAUUCUGUUUUCUUAAUCUCAAAAUCGUGAAACUGUUAACACAUUGGGACUGUUGCAGUGGCAGAAAGGAUUCAGCACCGUCAACAGUAUAGAUUAUAGUCCCACACCUGAAAAAGAUAAGAAACUGUAGAAAGAAACACACUGCAAAUACAGAAAACACAACCUAAUACAGACACACUGAAAAUACAGAACACACACUGCAAAUACAAAACACACACUGCAAAUACAGAACACACACU